AUGUUGGGAGGAGUAACACGUACCUCUACAUCGCUGCAUGGCGAUUCCGUACGAUAUAAACGUAUAGUACCAGAGUAUUUUAGGAGGAUAUUUCACUAUCCUCAAAUGGAUAUAGAAUAUACAUUUUGGAUUAUGUUUUAUCUAUGUUUCAAUCCCGCUCGUGUAUAUAGAAAUACUUCUUGGCAUAAACAGACAAAGAAUCAAUGGGCACGUGAUGAUCCUGCAUUCGUUGUUAUAUUAGUAUUCUUUAUGUCUAUAGCGUCGAUGUCCUAUGCAAUUGCAUUUCACUAUCUAUCUAUAUUACAUAUUAUAAAAACUAUGUUUUGGGCAGUAUUUUUUGACUUUAUUACAGUUGGUUUGGUAGUUGCCACUGCAGGUUGGUGGAUAUCCAAUCAUUUCCUCCGAGAGUCUGCACAUCAUCAUAGUGUCGAUCAAAAAGUUGAAUGGCUAUAUGCUUUCGAUAUUCAUUGUAAUUCAUUCUUUCCUUUAUUCAUCAUUUUAUAUGUUAUUCAUUUCUUCUUGUUACCAGUAUUUAUGUCUACAAACAUUACCAUUUUUAAAAAAUACAAAAGUAUUCCUAUACCCUAUUCUGGCAUUGUUCACAUUAUUUGUACCGGCGGUAAUCCUAAAUAUUAA